AUGAUGGAAGACAUGUGUCUCGUGACAAAUGAGGUGGAUGAAGUCAUUGCAACUGCAUCAAAGAAAGUAUGCCACUCAUCUGCGCACCGUUCGAAUAAUAGGAGUGCCAUUUUGAAAAAGGACGUCUUCAUCGUGCCUUUAGCCUCUUCCUAUUCCGAAAAGUAAAAUCUCAGUCCGGUUCACCGCACCUGGAACUGCUUCUCCAAAAACGAGCACCCACAAAACUUACGUUCCCGAACUUAUGGACUAAUACAUGUUGUAGUCAUCCACUUGAAAAUGAACCGGGUGAAACCGAGGAGCAUAAGGCCCUGGGAGUGAGGCUUGCAGCUCAGAGAAAGGUAAAUAUUCUUGUUAAACAUCCUAGCACACUAUCGCACAGCCAGCUUUUUGAGGGCCAGAAAUGCUAGAAUCUAGCCUGCCAAACGGGCAAUUUCGUUUGUGUCAAGACCCGUUCGCACUGAAUUGUUUGUCCCAGGCUUCUCGAGCAUUAGAUCUGGAAACCUUCUGUUUAUGAGCACUUUCUGGUGUUGGGAAUCCGGUCUCCAGUUUUUACUUCCCCUGUCUAAGCAGCCCCACUGAUUGGAACGUGCUAUAAUAAUGCAUGCGCAAAGCCCCAAUACCGGACGGGGUUCUUAGGAAAUAAUUCGGGUAUUAAAGGCUAACAGCGUGCUCCCGUACUGAUGGCAGCAGAUGCCACAGAAAGUCCUAAUAAAUGAGAUGCAACAAUGAGAGAUUAAACUCACCCCUUGAGACGUAUGCUCCAGUUUUCUGACUAUUGUCCCUACCCUUCGAAUAUUCCGACCCACAUGGGUUCUCUGUGCAUUUAACCCAAUUUUAUGUUGCAAAUAGGGUGAUCGAAAGCUCAUACGUAUUUUCCCUCAAUAAACUGAACUGGGCCACUCAUUGUGGUUGAACGUAAUGCUACUACGUUUUUCAUAAGUGCUGUCUUCUAUAUAACUGACUUUCAACUCCCACAGACAUGUCUUCACUUCAGGUUCUCUGACAGUCGUAUAUAGUUCCUUGGAGUCUUGCUUCAAUGAAUUCUAUUUACUUUUCUGUAAACAUGACAUCCCGAGCUUCUUUAUGAGCAACGGACUUAAUCUUCACAACAUUCGUUUCUAAAGAGGGCUUGCUGGACCUCGGUUAGAAUACUUGCAUUUAUUUCCUUGGUCUCUCAAGAAAACGCUUGAAUAUUUGUUGAUAUAAUACCUCUUAGGAUCGGAAGCGGUGACGCCGGUAGUUAGUAUUUGAUGACUUGACAGAACUGCCGAUACGUGCGACUUUGUCAUCCCACUCUACAACUCUCGUCCUUCUCUCUACCUGAAGGCUCCUUGUCUGACUUUUCCGACUUAGGCCAACCUGGAAGACGGUUGGUCUGUCCUCUGAGCAUGUUGCGUUUACAGCUAGGCUUCACACGCUAAAAUAACACAUUUUAACUGAUUUCUGUGGCCCAUCAAUGCCUAUUUGCCUUGAAUUGAACUUUAUGAAUUUCUUCUUAUUGACCAACCUUCGUCUGACUUUUCACAUUCCACCGCUCAGUUUCCGGAAGUUCUUAUGGUUUUUCGCAGAUGAGCUUGCUCCUUUGCAUGCUACAACCGUUUUUUCACAAUUGACAUGUUCAUGUCAAAAUUAAAUGUUUUCUCAAAAUCUAAGUGAUAGAGAAUAUUGCCAUCAUAUAGAUUGUACAUAUUACAGAGAAGGUUGGAGUUAAUAAUAUAUAACCUUUCCGAGGUCUGAAACCUCGUCUUUCAUGAGUGAGGGCCUACGCAAAUAUAACUAUGACCCCCUUACAUCAGGUUUAGCACACAUUAGGCUUGAGGGUUCCUUAAAAAGUACUUUUUAAUGAAAUUUCGGAAAUUCGAUCCUAGAAGUGCAUUCGACCAGCAUUGCAUUUACUGGUCAGUUUGCCAAAUUUCCGGUUAGUGAUUAAAUGGCUGACGUGUCUUCGUUGAUAGGACGACGUCCAACAUGUACUCAGACAGGCCUGACUUUUGUUCUAAGAGGUCUAGUAGAAACGGAUGUUUCCUCUACAGCUGCUCGGCUGUAGGAGUGAGGCACUUUUCGUCUCACCCGCGGACUUAAUUAGUCUAGUUUGUAGUCUUUUAAUGAACAAUAAAACAGAUCCCAAUAGAUCUCUUUCGCUGGCGUCAUGUUUUUGCGCUGAGAUUUGAAAGUUUGGUAUCUAGCCCGCUGUUUAAGAGAAGCGGCAAUUUAAUCUGAAGGAAAAUGCCAUGCCGACUUUGAAGUCGAAGUAAUGUGUCCUGAAAGUUCCUGUCUCAUUAAACUACAAGUUCAUUGACUCGGACGUACGUUGUCCUGCUUUAGGACUUUAAUCUACCUUAUAAGUACUGAUUUUAAUUGCCCUCGACUGUAGUAUGCCGCGGUGCAAGACCAAGCGUAGAGGGCAUAUUUUCCACCUAGCAAAUCAAUUACGGUUGCGAUUGAGGUAGUCGACAGUUACUGUCAUUGCAAUAUAUUACUACUCGGGCGUUUUCUACGUAGUGUUCUCAGGCAUAUAGUUUUUCGUCGUCUUUCGAGAUGGGACGCGUGCUCUCUUCUUUCCAUGUAAUCUCUAUUCCUGAUAAUGUUGUAACUAAGCGAAAGCUAAGCUUACAUCCCACGUCUUCCGAAUAUCUGAUGUGCAUGUUUAAAAUUUCCGUCUGCAUGAUUAAAAUACUCGUAUGGUUCUUUGUCUAAAUCACAUGCGGAAAUAUUUAUAUUUCAUUAACAUAAACGCUACUGUGCGCAGUUCUGCUUGACGGUGACCUGUAGGCCUGCAUCUAAGGUGUGCCACCAAACGCCACAGUUAUGGCCGGCGAGGACUCAUCGCAACCCGACGAACGCGUGCCGCGAGCCCGUCCGACGACUGCUCUGUUCCAGCGCAACCAUCUGUGGGAUCGUUCUUUACCUUACUAUGGCCCUGAAGCACAGAGUAUAGCUGUACCUCAGCAAAGUACCGGUGCUCCUAGUCUCUGUGUAUAAGAUUUUUAUAUUAUUCGCCAAUUGAGAAAUGGCUUUUCCCUCAAGCACCACUGAACCGGUGUUUUGCAGUGACAACCACCAUAUCGACGUUCGUCGAGGCUAUCUUCUCUCAGUCCUUGUUUGGGUCUUUGAAGCGGAAAAAGAAAACAAUGUAGUUGGUCAGUCACGUGCGUCUCGUUGAAACCUCUAGAGUCGUCUUGAGGUCAGUCGGUGAGCGAGCUGCAAACCCUCUGUCAGGAAAGUCCUUCGUGUGAACAAGGCUCAGUGCGCUCAGGGACUGUCCAACGUCCGAAAGUGUUCAGUCGAUAGUACAUGUGUUCCACUUGCCGACCACGUCUCAAAUAAACACCCAUGCUGUCAUCUGAGAGACAAAUCUACGAGCUGCGCCUUAUUCACCGACCGAAAUUGUUCGCCCACUGCCUACACGGAAGUGAAUGCAAAAUCAUUCAUCAUUCAGUAUGAUAGUUAGUUCGAACUGAAGACGUAGAUGGACCCCGUAGAAGCUAACUUCGAGAAUGUGCUUGAUUGCCGAAGACUGUCUCUGGCCGACUACAGUGUAAGGAAAGCAUUUAUAACGCGUUAAACUCACAGCAUGGAACCGGCUGGAUAUUUCAUGCACUCACAUAAGUAUAUUUCUACACUUGCCCCCAAACUCGAUUUUUCUCUGUAUCAAUGCUAAAAAUGAAGGUCGGCUUACAAACAGUGAAAUUAAACUCGUCUAAAAGCAAGUAUUUCUUUGCGGCGAUGCGAUGCGUCAGACAUCCAUCUUCUUUACCGCUCCGGGCAAAUUCUAAUGCAGUUCCGGAGAAUGCUGAUGAUUCAAAACCAUAUAUAGGAAUUGGAAAUCUUCCAAGAGUACUCCUACAACGUUUAAUUGGCGUGUUUUUUUUUCUCUAGAGAUUUUUAGUUACCGUUGGAAUUGAGAAUCUAAUAUUGCACAAUGAAUACUUCUCUGAAAAUUCACAGUCGUGUUUUGACUCUUCGGUUGAUAGUUCUACAGCUUUUUAAACUUGUCAGCAGGACCCGAGUGUUUGAGACGAAGUCUUUCGCCUCGUUGGAAAAGUAGCUACUUCAGGUUAAACUGCUGUCAGGUAUCUCAGUGAGUUGUCUCUAUUGCGUCGUCGUCACUAUCCAUCGACUUUUUCCUUCAUUUUUUGCUCUCUUUCGACUGCUUUGCCUUUGAAAGGUUAACCAGCUAAACAUUGCAUCGGCCCAGCCGGUUUUCUGACACCGAACCAGAGAAGAUUAAAGGGGUCCUUUUGUGCCCAUCCCUUCUUCUAGGUGAGGCAUGAACUUGGGAUCGACUCUCGGUGCCUGCUACCGCUGGAGAACAUCCACUUUCUCACGCGAAUUCUUUACUGUGCUCAGAAUGAACCACCAGGUGAUGUUGAGUGGAUUGAACGCGAGAUCGACUACCUUCUGGUUAGUAUCUUGCCUACCUCCGUUUGUGAUGACGUCGCGUCUAACUUCCUUCACGUCAAUCCAGAGGAGGUUUCGGCUACGGCUUGGAAAAGCCUAGAAAAAAUCGAAACGGCAGCUGCCUGCACCGACUUGAACUCUAUGCCAAACGAUCAAAAUGAGACGACAGGGACCUACAACGGUCGUCAUACCCCCUGGAUCAGGGGUCUUCUGCGGAGCGGUCUGCUGCGGCGCCUCUGGCAGUGGGCAGAUGCGAAGAGCCGUCUCGACGAGGACGCCAGAUCUCCACGUCUCAGACAGGCUUUUGCUCUCAUUGAUGCUGAUUGGGACCGAAACCUUAUUCACAGACUGAACACUGAUUAA